UUCCUGGCUCACCAAAGCAGCCUAAUACUUAUAGAGAGCAACUUCGGACUGUCAUAGAGACCAGAGGGACCACAGCAAGGAUGACACCCUGAGUGGACUGAUCCUUUCAUCCCUCACCCUCCCAGCAUGCCACCAACAAGAGGCUGACAGGAAACUUGGCCUUCUGCAGAGAAACACCUUCUCUUCACUGCCCUCAAGAAGGCAGCUGGUCCCACGUGCCAGGAAGAUGGAACCAAGCCUGCUGAUGUGGGGAAUCUUCACAUUCAUCGCGGCACCUGGCCACAUGACAGAAUUUUGCGAUGACAACCCUCCCGACCUCAAACACGCCACAUUCAAGGCCCUCACAUACAAGACGGGCACCAUGUUGAACUGUGAGUGCAGGAGGGGCUUCCGCCGGAUAAGCAACGGGUCCGCCCUCAUGCUGUGCGCAGGAAACGCGAGCCACUCUUCCUGGGAGAACAAGUGCCAGUGCAUAAGUACCUCCCCAAGGACCACAGAUGGACACAUUACUCCUAAGCCUGAAGAACAGAAGGGAAAAAAAUCCAUGGAGUUGCAGAGCCAAAUGCAGCCCAUGGACCAAGUUAACCUUCCAGGUCACUGCAGCGAGCCUCCGCCCUGGGAAUAUGAACAUCCAAGGAGAAUUUACCAUUUUGUGGUGGGGCAGACAGUUCGCUACCAGUGUGCACAGGGAUUCAGAGCCCUACAGUGGGGUCCUGCCGUGAGCAUCUGCAAAAUGAUCUGUGGGAAGACAAAGUGGACGUGGCCCCAGCUCAAGUGCAUAAGUGAAAGGAAGGAUAGCCGGUCUCCAGAUGACGAAGAGUCUCAAGCCCCCACUGAAGCUCCUCCUGGCAGCGACACCUUCUGUCCCUCAAUACCGACAAGUACUACAGAUUUCCAGAAACAUACGGAAGUAGCUAGAACCGCGGAGUCCUUCGUGUUCACGACCGAGUAUCAGAUAGCAGUGGCCGGCUGCGUCCUCCUGCUGGUCAGCGUCGUCCUUCUGAGCCUGCUCACCUGGCAGCGGAGACGGAGGAAGAGUAGAAGAACAAUCUAGAAAAGCGGGAGUGGGAAGAAGCCAAGAACAGCUCACAGACAUCGUGGAGCACAAGCAAAAUCAAAGAAGUCGAAACUCACCCAAGUCGCGGCUCCCGUGAGAGCCCUUGGGUUUGGAAAGCUCGGAAGUCAUGUGCCAGAGCACCAGGCACCUGCACCUCAUUACAAAGCCAGCUCGAUCGUGUCAAUGAGGGAACGCAACCUGCUUCCGAGCAGCAACUCCAAGGUCAUGGAGGAACAGGGAGGGACAACCAGAACUCAAGGUCUUAUUUUCAUGUCUACAUGUUCAUUAAAGCUGCAACAGCAAGGGACUCUCUCCACACCACAGACGGGAUAAAGAAAAGUGGCUUCAUGUUCGUUUCAUCCUAACCUCCCAGUUUAGAAAUCCCAAGAAAAACCCGAGCAUGGAAUGUAAAUAGACACACACAAAAUAGACACGCGCGCACACACACACACUCUCCCCACCCUAUGUAAUUGGACUCUUCAGUGAUCGAUGCAGAUGCAGAUCCCAUUCCCAGUUUCUGGUUGAUUCAUCCAUUCUCCUGGCCACAUCCCAUAAUGCACCCCGUCCGAGAACUCUGAACUGGUAACUCCGAAUCUCUUUAUCCUGGGCUCCUUUCUCUAAACCAGCCUCCUUCCACUGAGCCUUCAGUUGUGAAUUUCUAAACGGAAGCCAGGGCAGAGUGGUCUUUAGGUAACACCGACACAGGGCAGCCAAGCCCUUGGGAUCACAGAGCUUCAGUACUUAAGAGGAUUUUACUGGAGGUGAGCUGAGGAAAGACGGGCAAACUAACUCGCAGGUGAUGAGCUGUAUCCAUGAAAAAACCCUACCUGUGUAUCCCUAAUACGCCCCGUUAAGAGUUAGUUUCUGUGGGCUUGCUAUAAGUGAUUCUCUGAAUUUGGUCUGCUGAGUGUGAGGUUUAGAGACAGACGCAUAAUGUGUGAAUGUCUACAUUUCCAAAUCAGCAUCAUAAAAAUGCGGACGAGGGAUUAAAACAGUUGAUGUUUAUGGACAGAAGGAAAGAAGCAGUGGGCAGGGAGCAGGUGGCAGAUACGCUGACAGAAUGUAACGUGGGAACAGCUCAAACCGUUAGCAGAUCGGAAUCCCCUGGGGCCCUGUUGGACCACAGAAUGCCCAGUGCCCACCUCGGGGGCUCCGAGCCAGCAGGUCUGGGGUUCCAGGGGAUGCUGCUCAGGUCUGGGGACCCCAUUGGAGAACCACUGGGUUCUCCGUCUCCAUGCCCACCCGCUCUCAAAAAUCACGUGAUUAAGGAGAUUCGUGAAAAGUUAAAAACAGCCAGUUUUCAUUUCUGAAAGGCCAAAAUAGUGUUAUUUAAAAAUACGGGCAGGCAGUAGGUCCGUACCCAGACUAAAGACCCAUUUUCCGCCCUUUCUAUGACUAGUCAAGUACAAUCCAGCGUCCACAUCCGCUCCCCAUGUUCUCUGGGGAAACUCGUGGGAAUUUUCAUGGGAAAGCUCAUUUCUCUGAGUUGAGGGAAAUCUCAGACCAGAAAACAAACAAACAAAAAAAUUAGUGUUAUUUAUCUUCAGUAAAAUUGAAUUAUCAUUACUAAUUUUGGGGAGGGAGAUCUAGGAGAUCAAAUUUUUUUAUAAUUAUUAAGAUGUUAUUUACCUUUAUCAUGCUCAUCCUCUUAUAAGUGUAUGGUGGAGUUUUCCAGAAACUACAUGAUAUUUGAUGAUGCCAUUGCUCUGUUGUUAAUAUAUAAUGAACUUAUUACUAUUGUUUAUGAGAGAACUAAUAAAUAACAUUUUUUAAA